CUGCACGAGAGGCUUCUGUAGACUUAAAACCUUUAUCCACUUCCACCUUCCGUGUCACUCUCGGAUUACAGUGUUUCGUCACGGAUGUUUAGGUCUUGGUAACAUUUCCUCGCAGCGAAGCUACCGAAUAUCUGGCCUCGGCAGGUAGAGGAAGAGGGAUGGUGAGUCCGGUGACAGUCACUAGUAAGUUAAUUGCAAUAUGAGUUCAAAAGAGCAAAAUGGACCGGUUUCUCCAAGGAUGACAUCACCCAUGCCCACCUCACCAACCAUGACAUCAUUACCUCAAAGAAAAGAGAGUAACUCCUCAGGUGAAGACAAUAAACAGGACAACUGGGAGUUGGUUGAGGACUUACGGGCCUUGACAGGAAAUAUUCAGAAACCUGAGAAGCAAGAGGGUUUGCUGCUGAAAAAGAGGAAGUGGCCAAUGAAAGGCUGGCAUAAGCGAUAUUUCUUGCUUGAAAGGGGCAUCCUUACAUAUGCCAAGACAGGGACUGAUCUGAAGAAGGGAAGGUUACGAGGUCGCAUUGAUGUUGGUCUCUCUGUCAUGGCCAUGAAGAAGAAGUCAAUGUGCAUUGACUUGGACACAGAGGACAGUAUCUAUCACCUCAAGGUGAAGUCUCUGGAUCUGUUUGAACUGUGGGUGAUGCAGCUUCGUCAUCAUCGAACAUUCCGUCAAAACGAGAUCGCCAUGGAACCACACGAGCGACAGCUGCAAUCUGACCACACCUCCAUCAGAAGACGCUCCUUUCUCUCCAAGCAGCCUUUAACCCUACUGAGAAACGGCUACCGCCAAAACUCACAAGACAUGGAAAAGUGCUGUAAAGAUCUGACAGAGUGCGAGUCCUCAUUGCUAGAAUUAAAUCUGCUGCUGAAAAAUAUGGAAGUUCUGCACAGAGCAUUCUCAGCACCUGCCAUCAACUCACUACAGACUGAAGGCUCCAAAAAAGAGAAACGAGGACACAGAAAAUGGCGAUCCAAAAAUCAUCACAAGGAUUCGAAAAACACAUUACAUAUUGCUGACACUUCAUCUUCUCGUCUCCACGUGUCGCAUCCAAACCUGGUGUAUUCAGAGCCAGUUUCUGCAGAGCCAUGCCUGGACUGUCCAGACUCACCUACAGAAGCUUCUCAAAUGCAGGAGGAGUUUUGUAGGCUUGCCGGCACUGUUCAUUCCACUCUUCGGUCAGCAUACACGUCUGUUUUGGCAGAGAGAGACCGAGUCAGAAAUACAUUGGACAAUAUCAGUGAGAUGGAUGUCUUUGAUGGGCCACGCCCACUACUACAGCAGGUGUCCAGUGAAAGUCGAGGGUCAAUCCCAGAAUCCCUUCAAUCCUCAGAGUUCUUUGAUGCUAAAGAGUAUCUGCUGUCUGGCAGCUCAUCUGAGAAUGAGGUGUCGGAUGAUGACUCGAACAUCAGUGAUAUCAGUGACAGCACAUCAGUGGAGUUUUGCAGGAAUGAGAAUCGCAUCGUGCAUGAGAAAUUAGGCAAUGGCAAAGAGAAUGUCGUGAUACGGCGAGAGCGGUUGCCAAGUUCACGUAUGACCGAGAGUGUGAAUCUGUGGAGUAUUCUGCGCAGUAACAUAGGUAAAGACCUAUCCAAAGUGGCCAUGCCUGUCCAACUCAACGAGCCAAUCAACACCCUGCAGAGACUGUGCGAGGAAUUUGAAUACUGCCACCUGCUGGACACUGCUGCAAACACACAUGAUCCACACAUGCGCAUGGUGUAUAUAGCAGCAUUUGCUGUGUCUGCAUAUGCAUGUUCAUUCACUAGAGCAGGAGGAAAACCCUUUAAUCCUAUACUAGGAGAGACGUAUGAGUGUGUCCGACUAGAUAAAGGCUUCCGCUUCAUUUCUGAACAGGUCAGUCACCACCCACCUGUGUCUGCUUGUCACUGCGAGUCCAAGAACUUCACACUUUGGCAAGAUGUCCGAUGGAAGAAUAAGUUUUGGGGGAAAUCUAUGGAGAUCGUUCCCAUGGGAAUCACUCAUUUAGAGUUGCCAGGUUUUGAGGAUCAUUAUGAGUGGAGUAAGGUCACUUCCUGCAUUCAUAACAUUCUGAGUGGUCAGCGCUGGAUAGAGCACUAUGGGGAAAUGUCAGUCAAGCACACCACCACCAUGGGAGAAAUCAGUCAUUGCAAAGUUACUUUCUUUAAGGCAAGAUCUGGAGGUUUGAAUGCUAAUGAGGUGGAGGGUGUGGUCACUGACUCAGAGGGGCGUGUCAUUCACUCGCUGUUUGGCAAAUGGAAUGAGGCAUUGUUUUUGGGCAAACCACCUUCAGCUACCUGCAUCUGGAGAGCAAAUCCCAUGCCUGAGGACUAUGAGGAGUUCUAUGGGUUCUCCCAGUUUGCAAUUGAGUUGAAUGAAUUGGAGGAGAGUCUAAGUCCCCUUUUACCCCCAACAGACACACGCUUUAGACCAGACCAAAGAUUACUGGAAGAGGGUGAUGUUGCUGGAGCAGAAGAACAGAAAGAAAGGAUUGAAGUGCUCCAAAGAGAGAGGAGAAAAGUUCUACAAGAAAACAACAUGACACACUCACCCCGAUUCUUCAAGCGUUCUGAAGAUGACUCCUGGAAGAGCAAUGGCACAUACUGGGAACUCAGGAAGGACCCAGGAUUCAGCAAAUUGGAUUUUCCUGUUCUUUGGUGACCACCAAUGGAAAUGUUUCUUUGUUUUUUUUUUAGUUUCUGCUCUGGCUGUAUGGAACACUACUAUUUUGUUAUACAAAACAAAAGCCUUAAUCAUUAUUCUCAGUAUGGACUUUUAAUGCCUGAUGGUGCCAUGUUCCUUUCGAUAAACAUUUUUGCCUUGGCAAACUGCCUGGCUGUUGUCUGGAUUUAAAUGCACUGACAAAUUACCCUUGCAAGUGCCUGGCUAUAUUUAGGUUAUUUAUAUUCAAUAUAUUUAGUUCAUAUAUAUUCAAUAAUUGAAGAAUAAUCAUAUUAAUAAAUUCAAUAGGUUAUUUAAUAUUAUGACUGGAAUGCAGAGGUGUAAACUUCAAGAAUAAACACUUACAACACUGAUAACUACAGAGGGUUUAUCUCAUGAAAACAAAGUCCUAUUUCACCCCAAAAUAAAAAUAGAUAAUUUGCUUAAAGAAAAUUAAAACAAUAUUUAGGACUAUGAAGAUCCCCUCUUAUUCAUUUAAUAUAAAGCAACAAAAAAAAAUCUCAUUCCUAUUACUGUAAUGCAAAAAAUGAAUGGAUGUAUUUAUACAGCAAUGUAGUAUUUUUAUAUUUCCUUUCAUUUUUGCUGAUUUAAAAUAUAUUAUGCAUCAUGAUUUUUAAGAUGAUUGAUUAUUUUGAUCCAAAAAAUCUUAAUGGCACUACAAAUAGGCUUAAUUUUCUUUAAAAUAUUAUAAAAUGUCAUUUAUUAUUUUCCUUUGAUUUUGGGGCAAACUUUGACCUAGACUGAAUAUUUUUGUGAGAUUCACCCCAAAUGAGCUUUUACUCCAUGAAAAGUUUGAAAGCCACAUUAAGAAAUAUUAAGUGACUCAAACAAUCCACUCAGAUAUUAUCAGAGAGUUAUUUCGAGAUUAAGCUUAGUCUGUAUAAUUUCAUGCACAUUCUGCACUUAUGAUUAUGUAAGGGAAAUAGAAAAAUAUAGCAUUAUAUCAAAUAUAUGUUAAAAAGAAAAUAUUGUUUAAAUUCAUUUUGAUUGUGUACUCUAUUAAUUCUGUGUUGUGUACAUACCUGGGCUUCUUUUUUGUUUUUUUAUGAAACUGAUGCAAUAGUCUAUAUGUACUCAUGAGGUAUGCCUGUUACACUUGAUAACUGUUGUCCUGUUUCUGUGAGGUGUGGAUGUGUUUUAGAUGUGAUCAACUAUUUUUUUUUCUUUUGACUGUGACAUUUACAAGGAUCUAAACAGAUCUUGGACUGUUGCUUUCAGAGAGAACAGAUUGCAUCAGCGCAUGACGUCUGACCAAAUGUUUGGUUUGGGCAAUAUAUAUACUAGGUCAAAUCCAAGAAACUUUCCCUGUUUUCAUUAGAGGGAUGCUUGUAGAUGUUCUCCUAUUGCUUAACUCUGAUGUCAGUUGUUAGUUUCUGCUUUUUAUUUAGCUACAAUCUUUAAUCAAUUAGGAAGAUAUUUUAUUUCUGACGGGGUAUAAUUUAACUAGGUAUCAUAAUUAACUUUCUGGAUAUUACUGGCAGGGCACCCCAUUACAGGUUGCUUUGAUUUAUGUAUGGCUAGUGGGGUUGUGUAACAAUAGGAAGAUCCCCUUUCCAUAGCGGGUCAUUUCAUAAACAUCAUUCAUACAUUGAAGGUCACGGUGCUUUCCUGAAGAGUCAUUGCUUUACUAUGUAAAUGUGCUCUCCAAUCUAAACUAUGAAACUGGAACAGAAGGCACUUCUGUAUUACAAAUGGCUGAAUGUGAAAGAGACAGACCUAAAGCUUUCUUUGUUAGCAUAAGAAAAUUAAAAAACAUGAUUCUUUUCUUUCUGUUUGAAACAUUGACACACAUAAAUGCUUUACUUGCUGGUAGUGGUGUUGUGCAGAAAUGUGUACAAGUGUGUAAUAUAUUUUGUAGAUAAAUGUAAAUAGAGAAGUGAAUGUGUGUUCAGAUGACGCAAUUGGGGAAAAUGUGGGGUUGACAUGAAAACAUGAGAGUAUAUCAGUAUGACCGCAGCUUCCUUUAUCAGACUUCAAGAGUGUUCAUUCCAGUUAAAGAAAAUUCCUAAAUCUAUUUCACAAUAUUUCUCUCUGUUUUUGUCAGAGGUCGCAUUGCUGAUACUUCCAGGUGUUAAAAGCUUGUCCAUCCUUGCUUAUCAUUUGUGGAUACAUGUCCCACUAGUUCUUCUGCUAACUUUACAACGUCAUCCUAAAAAGUUUCAAAGCAAGACACUCUAAUGUACUUUAGAUCUGACACUCAUUUCACUAAGAAAAUUCUCACACUUGUUUUACUUGCUACUACAAAUGCUUUUCUGUAUAUGGCUAUGUAGUAGUUUUUUUCCAACAUAAGCAUGAAUGUGAUUUGUGGCCAUUUUUUUGGUAAGAGAGUGUAUAACUGUAACCCGCACAAGAAGAGACAGUCACAAUGUAUAGUCAAACUGCGUUUAUUGCAGGCAAAGCAAAAGUACAAAUAGGGCAAAUCCAGAAGAGAGUGGUCGAGGGGAGCGUAAGGUCGAAGCCGGGGAAUCAGGAUAUGGCAACGUGGGAAAUCUACAAAAGAGUGGUCGUGGAAAGCGUAAGGUCGAAGCCGGGGAAAGCAGAAUCAGUAUAACAAGACAAUCGAGUCGAAUAGACAGGGGAGCUAGGGGAUCACUAGAGCUGACAAAGCGAAGGGGUAACUAAACAAUAACCAACACGAGUGAGACGAAAGGGCAGCGUAUAAAUAGAGGAAAACGAACAGUGCAGGUGAAACUAAUAAUCGAGUGAUUGGGACGAGUGCGGGUGAAACUAAUACUCUGGUGAUUGGAAGCGAGCGUGAGAGCCAGAGGGGGGUGAUUGGGAGCGAGCGUGUGAGCUCGAGGAAGCGGAGCGAACUAGAGGAGCGGGGUUCGUUACAAUAACAAAAUCUCUCAGAGCAUCUUCACUCAUCUGGCAGAAUUGUGCCUCUGUGUGCAUUUUUUCAUUUCAAGCUGUAAAUGUCGAUAAUUGCCAUUUUAAAUGUAUCCUUUAAAACAUAAUCAUUACCAUUAUUUCAGUUUUGUGUAUCUCUGUGUUUGGUUGGUUGGUUUAUGGUUCACCCAUUAUAAACAGAUGCAGGGGUUUUUCAAACUGGUGUCCGCAGGGGGUGCUGUGGUGGUCCAAGAUAAUUGUUUAGAGAGAAAAAAAGUAUAAAUGAGUAUAAAAAUAAAAUUAAAAUAUAGAUAUAAU